AUGCAAAACUUCUACGAUCCAAUACCGAAGUCUAAACUUAAGAAGUUUCCAACGAAUCCACACUUCGAGCUGCCAUUUAGAAUGUGCGUUGCAAGUCCUAGUGGAUCGGGGAGGUCAAACACCACACUGUAUGCUCACCUCAAAGACACUAUCGACAACGUCCAGGUGAUCGAGGAAGGCCAAAUUUGUGCAAUGACUGAAUUUGACUCUGAGACUAGCAAGUUGAAUUUUUUCGAUGACUUAGUGAUGGAGCCAAAAAGAAUUCAAGCUCAGAUCUCACAUUACUUCGGAAUUCCAAAAACAAUUCGAAUCAACACUCAGUACAUAAUUCUUGGUCGAAAUCUUACUCAACGAGACCUUGGUAUAAUCUUGAGCACUAUGUUAAUGGAUAUCAUCAAUCGAAAGAUCUAUAAGAACGUUAUCGAGUUCGUAUGCGAUUUAUGA